UGGGACUCGCACAGCGACACCUGGUCAGCCACGUGGCGGCGGGGCGGGGACAGGGCAGAUGCAGUCGGAACUUGCUGUCCAGCAGGUCCGGACUCUCAGAUACAGACUGCCUCCUCCGGGCCUGGAGUCCUCGGAGAGCUUGGUACCCGGCCUGCGGCUGGAGGGGGAGUGGGCUGCGCCAUACCAGGUUCGCAGGGCUCUCCCCAUCCAGACCGCCAGGACCCCUAUUUCCAUGAAGAUGGCCCAGAUGUCUCAGGUGCAGGAACUCUUCCACGAGGCAGCCCAGCAGGGGGCCCUGGCCCAGCCCCAGCCCUGGUGGAAGACCCAGCUGUUUGUAUGGGAGCCAGUGCUGUUCGGGACCUGGGAUGGUGUGUUCACGUCCUGCAUGAUAAACAUUUUUGGAGUUGUCCUCUUCUUGAGGACUGGCUGGCUGGUGGGAAACACAGGCGUGCUCACAGGCAUGUUUCUGGUGUCCUUCGUUGUCCUGGUGGCCCUCGUCACCGUGCUGUCUGGCAUUGGUGUUGGGGAGCACUGCGGCGUUGGCAGCGGUGGCGUCUACUCCAUGAUCUCCUCGGUCCUGGGUGGGCAGACUGGAGGCACGAUUGGGCUGCUGUAUGUGUUUGGACAGUGUGUUGCAGGUGCCAUGUACAUCACUGGCUUCGCUGAAUCCAUCUCAGAUUUGCUGAGCCUCAGGAAUAUCUGGGCCGUGCGAGGAAUUUCCGUUGCGGUACUUUUGGCCUUGCUGGGGAUUAACCUGGCAGGUGUGAAAUGGAUCAUCCGCCUCCAGCUGCUGCUGCUGCUCCUGCUGGCCGUGUCCACCCUGGACUUCGUGCUGGGCUCUUUCACACACCUGGACCCAGAACAUGGUUUUGUUGGAUAUUCACCGGAACUGCUGCAGAACAACACUCUGCCAGACUACAGCCCUGGGGAGUCCUUUUUCACUGUCUUUGGGGUGUUCUUCCCAGCAGCGACAGGAGUCAUGGCCGGCUUCAACAUGGGGGGUGACCUCAGGGAGCCCGCUGCCAGCAUCCCCCUAGGCUCCCUCGCAGCUGUUGGCAUCUCGUGGUUUCUGUACAUCGUCUUUGUCUUCCUGCUUGGCGCCAUCUGCACCCGUGAGGCCCUUCGCUAUGACUUCCUAAUAGCUGAAAAGGUGUCCCUGGUGGGCUUCCUGUUCCUUUUGGGCUUAUACAUCUCGUCCCUGGCCUCCUGCAUGGGAGGCCUGUAUGGAGCCCCCCGGAUCCUGCAGUGCAUUGCCCAGGAGAAAGUGAUUCCCGCACUGGCCUGUCUGGGGCAGGGGAAAGGGCCAAAUAAAACUCCCGUAGCUGCCAUCUGCCUGACCAGCCUGGUGACCAUGGCCUUUGUCCUUGUGGGUCAGGUGAACGUUCUGGCCCCCAUUGUCACCAUCAACUUCAUGCUGACGUACAUCAUGGUGGAUUACUCUUACUUCUCCCUGUCCAUGGGUCCCUGCAGCCAUCCCCAGGUGCCUGAGGCAGAGCACAGGGAGGACACGGGAGCUCUCUACUGCUCUGAACACCUGCUCUUGGAGAAGGCUCCCAGCUAUGGCUCUGAGGGCACUGCUCAAAGCCUCUCUGAGGGCACUCUGCUAGAAUUCACCAAAGACAUGGAUCAGCUCCUCCAGCUAACCAGGAAUCUUGAGAGCAGCCAGCCCAGGCGAGGAGAGAGUGACACGAUCCCUGAGAGUCAGAAGGGGAAAUGCAAGAAGGCCACCAAGCAAACCCUACAAGAUAGCUUCCUCUUGGACCUUAAGUCCCCUGCUUCCUUCCCUAUGGAAGGCCCUGACAGAUUGCCCACUGCCUCCUGGGACGGGCAGGAGUCCUGCUGGAACACGCAGUGUGCCAGGAGUGAAGGGGCUUGGCUUGGGGGAGCACAUGGAGAUCAAAUUGUCCCUGAGCUGAGGAACCGGCCUAGGCCAAGUGGAGAAGAUUUCUUCCCAAAGUCUAGGCUCCAGGAACAAGAUAUCCCGAGGAGACCUACUUCUUUCUACGCCCACAUGUGCAACCCCUGGGUCUCCCUGUUGGGGGCUCUUGGGUCCCUUCUCAUCAUGUUUGUGAUCCAGUGGGUCUAUACUCUAGUUAACCUAGGUGUUGCUGCCAUUGUGUAUUUCUAUAUUGGUCAAACCAGCCCAGGACUUCAUCUUGGAUCAGCCGCCAACUUCAGCUUUUUCAGAUGGAUGAGGUCUCUUCUGAUCCCCUCCUACAGGAGCUUGCGAUCCCCCCAAGAGCAGAUAAUUUUGGCGCCAUCCCUUGCUAGGGUUGACAUGGAGAUGACUCAACUCACCCAGGAGAAUGUAGACUUCGCCACUCGGGAUCGCUACCACCACUCCUCUCUUGUGAGUCGAGAUCAGCUGAUGCCUCAGUACUAGAGGACUGAGUACUCAAUCAGUACUAGGCAGCCCUGGGACCCUCCUCUCUUGGAGCCAUCCAACGCACCGUGGACCCAAAUCCCAAAACCUUUGUGGAGCUGGUUCUCCUCAGUAGGAAACUCAAAGACUUGUCCUCCCACUGCCAUUUUGGACAAUGGAAAUCUGCAUUCUGGUCUGGAGCACCACAUCCAACCAAGGUAACCACCGGAAUGGUGGUGGCUCUGAAACACACACCCAAUCUGAAGAGCUCCACAUUGACACCAAGAUUUGAAGGUGUGGAGAAGCAAACCGGAUUGCUUGUACUGAGGGCCACAAUAAAUGGGUACUUACAUUUUUAUUUUAUUAUUUAUGUUUUGAAUAAAUAAUACAUUCACAUCGUUCCAAAACCCAAAAUAUAAUCAUAUGUAUAGUGAGAAGGCUUCUUCCCAUUCUUGUUCCCCAUCUGUUCAGUUCCCAUUGCCUGCCCCAGAGGUAACCACUGUUCUUAUAUAGACUUUCACCAUGUCUUCAUGAAUAUACAAGCAAAUAGGAAUGUGGAUUCUUAUUACUCUCCUUUUAUACACAGAAGGUAGCAUAUUACACACGUGUUCCACACCUUGAUUUCCCCUUCACAAUCUGUCUUGGAGACAUUUCCAUAUCAAUACAUACACAGUUGCCUCAUUAUUUUUCAUUGUAUGAAUGUGCUAUAAUUUAUUUCAUCAGUUCCACAAUGAUGGCAUUUGGAUUGUUUCCAAACUUUU